AUGCCUAAAUGUCGCGUGAAAUUCCCGAGUGAUCUCGCCAAGGGCACCGAGGUCGACGCCGAGACGAUCGAGGACGCUCUUCAGGCGUUCAUCACGAAGAAACCGGAGCUUAAAGAGAUUUUGAGCUCUGAGAAAUUUCGAGAUUUCAUCCUCGUUUUGAGCGAAAACCAACCCGAAAACCGCGAUGUGAUCGUCCCGCUCGACGGGAAAAUGUCGAUCGCGAAGGAUGCGACGUACCAGGCCCACCUAUCGCGGUCGUACGACCUGCGAUCGAUGACGCACCCGACGCGUGGGUACGUCGUUGGGCGUUUCCGGGGCGAGCGCGUCCCCACUUUCGUCGCCGGAGAAGACGCUCCGGUUGAGUGGCAGAUGCGACGGAUGAAGAGUGAGGUGAACGGGACGUCGAUGACGCUCACCGGGGGGAAGAAGUCACACAGAGGGACGUUUGUGGGGACAAGAGACGCCCAGGGGGCUUCAUAUUUUGUGUUGAUGUCGCGAGGGAAGGAGUUCGUAGCGAUGCCGUGCGAGGAGUGGUACACGUUCUCGCACCGCGCGCCGAGACGGGUUCUGACGCUGGAGGAGGCGGAGGCGAAGAUGGAGGCGGGGAAGCGCGCCGUGGGCGAAGCGUGGGGACGGAUGGACAAGUCGGCGGAGCCAGGGUACUCGGACGACGAGAGCGAUGGAGAUCGAGGCGAUCGAAGGGACGACUCGAGCGACGAAGAGGACGCGUUCAAGGCGACGAAGAGGGGGAAGAAGAAGGGACCUCCCGGGGGUGGACUCGAUAGCGACGACGAAGACGAGGGGAAGAAGUCUGGUAAGGCUGGAGGAAAGAGCAAGGAAGACGAGACGGGAGAGGACUGGGAGCACGACGAGGAAUGGGACGACGAUGAGGACGAGGUCGCGAUACCCGACGACGAGGAAGCGCCCAAGGAAGUGAACAAAAAGAUCGGCGGUGAUAGCGAUGCUGAGGACGAGGGUUUGGAUAAGGAGGGCUUGGCGGUUAAAAAGUUACUUGGAAAGCAAGAAAAAAUGGAUGGAACGCAGUUUAGUGACUCAGACUCAGACUCAGAGCUCGAAGAGGACUUCAACCCCGACAAGGACGAUAUCGGCGUCAACGUCGUCGGAUCGUUCGUGAAACAGAGUAAAAAGCUGGAGGCCGAGGAGACCAAGGCAGCUACGAGCCCGCCAGCGAUGAUGAAGUCCGCUUCUGUGUCCUCCAUUGGCGUCAAGAGAAGCGCUAGCGACGCUGCGGUGGACACUGCUCCGCCCGGUAAGGCGGCUAAAGUCGCGGUGGCGCAACCCGCGGCGCCCAAGCAUACUCCAAUCGAAGCCACCAUCAUAGAUAUCGUUCGCAAGAAUCCGGACAGCACCACGGUGAAACUCAUCACCAAGACGUGUCGCAAGAAGGGACUGCUGAACAGCACCGCCGGCGCCGAGGAGCUCAAGGCGGCGAUCAAAAACUUGCUCGUCAUGAAAAAGCUACGAAACGGCGACCAAGUCUUAGUGUUGAAGUAA